AACUCCUCGCGCUGUGUCAGCUGGUCCUCUUGUACGCAUGUUUCACCGGAGCGCAGUGGUUUAGGAGUGCAGCUGUGAGCGCGUGCGCUGCUUAUUCACACGCGUUAUAACGCAAAGUCGUUUGUAGUCACGCCAUUUUAUUUCAGCUUUAAUCUGUUAUGUAUGUCAUGUCAUGUCAAGUGUCCACACUUGCAGAAAUGAGCUAACAAACCAGCCACGUGAGACGGACACGUGUUGACUUGCCUGUGUCGGGAAUCAGCCGGUGGCGGAGGCUUUCUCUCUUCCACAUGGAUUAUAAAUUCCCAACGCAGCUUUUCCCACAUGUUUAUCAGAACGGACCUCCGAUUUUAAACCCGAAGCAUAAUUACGGAGGCUGGGGCUCCUACGAACAGCUGCUCGAGACAAACAGGAAAUCCUCUCAGAGUGAUGUCAAGGGUGAGACUCCAUUCCUGUUUCAACCCCAGCAUAAGGUGGAUGGAGAGGUAUGGGUCCCUACCGAGCCGAUCGUAACGCCGCUUCUCCCUCCCAACACAGGUGCUAAAUCGUUCCGGGGUCAGCCCGUCAGUCCAGAUGACUUCCCUCAACAUAUGCAGUAUUUCUAUGUGCAUCACUGCAUGGAUUCGUUCUCUGUGAUGGGCCAGCUGCUCGGAGAACACUUCAGUUUUGCCCGCAGAAAUCGUUAUAAAGAUGCCAUCAGUGUGGGUAAGAUGAAGAACUUUCUACGCAACUUAAAUUACAAGAAGUGCGAGUUGCAAUAUUCGCAUCGGGUGAACCGCUAUCACGAUCUUCUGGGUGAUGUUCUCCCCGACGUUCCCUACGCUCUCCUGGCUGAGCUUCUGCAUGAGGAGUUGACGCAUCAGAAGGAGCUGGAACACUUCCAACCUGCCGCAACUGGGGGCACCCUCGCCUGCAUCCCAAACUUCGAAUGUCAGGAUGAAGCAUUUCUGAUUUAUCCCAGUGGAGAUGCACUAGACUCCAUCAACUUUCAUCUUAUGGAGCUGGAAAUCAGUGAAGAUAAACUUCCGGUUGUGAAUGUGGCAGACAAGCCUCUGCUGUUCAAUCUGAAAGGAACAGUAAGGCAAGUCAGCGUGGCCCAGGUAGAGGACGAAGCUUAUCUAGGCUUGCGUUCCGAUCAUUUCUGCUCUGCAUGGCUAACGAAAGCCAAUUACCGUCCUCGGCCGUUGGAGGUGGUGCAGCUGAAGGAACGAGCAACCAGCCUCAAUGUCAGUCCUCAUGUUUCUGGAGAGCUCGCCGUAGCCAGCGAGAGUGGAGCGGCGUAUCUCUGGGUUUUGGGAAAGGGGUUGCAAAAGAUCCGGGAUGAGAAGACGAACCUGUACUUCAACGCCAAGUCACAGUGGCGAUGGUGCGAGUUCACGAAUCAUCCACGAGUGCUGGUUUACGCUGACAGGACUGGAGCAGAGCUUGUAGACGUCAGGAGCAGAGACGCUCACACGUUGUUCCGGAUCGGUGCGACGGCUGCUUGCAAGCGUGGCGAGAGGGUGGUCUUGGGCAAAUACCUGGCACAAAGCCACGGCUUCCACCACCUCAUCACCACGCAGGUGAAAAUGAAGCGUAAGAGUUACACACUCAAUACUAAUGCAGAAUUCAGUGCAACAGUACCGUCGAAUAAGGGAAAGGUAGCGGAAAAUUCAGGAAAGUCAAAGUUCUCUGCGUACCUCCUGGACGAGCGAAUGCCUUGUGUGCCUGUCCUGAAGUGGGAGCACAUGAUGGAGUCUCCUCCAUGUUUUGCCCAUGUCAUGCCAGCUUUGGACCAAAGCAAUACCUCCAAAAUCCUGCUGGGAGCACAGAGAGCACAGGAGACCCUGUUGCUGCAGUACUCUGGUGGAAGAGAAUGGGCGUGCCAAGCAGACGGCCCAAUUCAAAAACUCUACAGUCCGUGUGAGGGCCUGAAGAUCCGGCAGCUCCCGCACAGACGGCACAGAUCUGAAUUGAGGUUGGCCGCGAAUGCCACAGGCCUGACUGCAACUCAGAACAGCGGCGUCCUGUGUGUGCUCCAGCUCACCGAGGCUGGGGACAUUUUCUACCAGAUGCUGAGACAUUUCGACCCAACCACGUCUGAGCCACAUCAGUCAGACUCUGUAGAACCAGCAUCCACACGACAAAACCGAGUGUCUUCGGAAGAAGACCGCGACUUCGAAGGAGGGCGGCAUCGGCGUAUGCUGAGCCAAGUGGUUGUCGAUGGCCGUGAUGGCGAGGAUGGCUCUCAUACUUCAGAUAAGAAUCAAGUGAGAAUCCCUGUAGAAGAAGAGAUGGACUCCGAGCCUGGUCUUGUUCAGGAGUCAUCCUUGCGUUCCGUUAAGAGUAACUCUGCUCAUCCACCGAGACCAGAGGUCCCCGAAAUGGCUAGCCGCAAGUUAAAAUUAACCUGGAAAAAAUGGCUGGAAUCCCUCUUCGAGGAAGCUGCAGGAAGAAAAGACCACUUGCAGCACAGGAAAAUAAAGACCAGUUCUAUAAUGCAGUGUAAAGUCAAAAAAAAAAGAGACAGACUUGAGGAGGACAAGUUUCAGAAAUUGAGGAAAGACCAGGAAGAGAUCUUAAAAACCAGGAAGCUGCUUGUUCAUGGGGUAACAUACCUGCCUCCUCUAAAGGUGACCCCUGUUCCAGAUGGGGUGGACCCUUCGGACUGGCCAGACGAUCUGAGUCAACGCAUGAGUGCCUCGUGGAGGGAUGGUUUGAGUAACUGGUGGGACGAAAAACUCGGACUAAACCGGGACGCCAAGAUCGAGGCCCUGCGAAGGAAGCGCCAUUGGGCAAAGAGAGCCAAAGCUAGAAACAGAGUCGCGCUUUCUUCAAGCUUCGCCUCGAGCGUCAGCUACCAGGACGAUCUCUCCGAAUGGUCAUCAGCCGCAAGUCAGUAUCUGGGUUCAGAUGCAGAGAGCAUUUAUUACAACUCUCAGAGUGCACCAGAGGAUGAGGCCAAUUUUGACCUGGAGAUGCUACCUAAGAACACAGAUUGUCAGAGAGCGAGUCAGAACACAGAAGUGUGUUCAGAUGCGCCACAACCAAUGAAAUCUUUAUUAAAAACGCCUCAAAAAACUACUAAAAGCUCCGAGCAGGACAAAUCCUUUGAUACUUCCCAGUCCCCUCCAAUGGACUUCCAACACCUGCCGAGCCAGGCCUCUACCAUUGAAAGCCACUCUGGAGGUUUUUCUUCCUUGGUGGCCAGUUUGAAAGAGUCACAUUCUGACCAUCCAAAACCAAGACCGUGGCAGCAGCGGGACUACCUCGGUUCCCUCUUCGGAUCUUCUCAAGAGCCUGGGCAGGAUGAUGAGGUCACUGCAUCAGUUGGUUGGAAAACUACCAGAUCGAAACCUUCGUAUUUUCUGUCGCCAUCACGGACUUCAAUGAGGACCUCUUCACAGGCGUCCCAACCUCAGAAAAAGAAGUCUCGAAUGGGAUUCUGAAUCGGUCCACUGUGUACCUCUCACUCCAGCCGUCUUCGGGGAUCGUGGGCAGCUCUGGUGCGCCGCAGUAGCUGCUGUGCAGGUUCUGGGCCGUACGCCGGGACACGAUCCACACCAACUUCCUGUGAUUGGGUUUGGAGCAUGUAGGCGAGGAGUACUGCACCAGGCACUGGGCCACCAGGCCUCUCCAGAGCUGUAGCUCCGUCUCGGAGAUCUGCAACGUACACAUACAGUGGCAGUUACAUAACACACUCUCUCUGGGUGUAGUGUGCUGAUAGAUGAGGGUCAGACUGUUACUGAGCAUGCCUGGAAUUCUUUAUCUCUCAAAGCAAGCAGGACAGAUUUCUUAAGAGAAAAAGAGCUGUAUAGUGCUUGCAUCACCACAGAGGACAAAUGUUAACAUGCACUUUAUUUACUUUGCACUGAAGGCUCAUUUUUUUAGUUUUAUAUCAUAGUGAUAUGAUCAUAGCUAAUAUCUAACGACAUGAUGUAGUUAAUGAAUUUCCUGUCUGAAAUAAACUGGUCACAUUUGAUCAUUUUACCCUCAA